AUGGAUAAUUUGAUAGGUCUAGUGAAUCGGCUUCAGCAGGCGUGCACGGUGCUAGGGGACUAUGGCGUGUCGAGCGCUGAAGAUGCGCUGCCGACGCUCUGGGAGCAGCUUCCGUCCGUGGCUGUGGUGGGAGGUCAGAGUUCGGGAAAAUCAUCGGUGCUAGAGAGCAUUGUGGGGAAGGAUUUUCUUCCUCGAGGAUCAGGCAUCGUCACCCGGCGGCCACUGGUGCUGCAGCUGCACAAGGUGGACUCAUCAUCCGAAUACGCGGAGUUCCUGCACCAGCCGGGCAAGAAGUACACUGAUUGGGCUGCUGUGAGAAAGGAGGUUGCAGAUGAGACGGAUCGGAUCACUGGGAAGACCAAGAUGAUAUCGCCUGUUCCCAUCCAUCUCAGCAUCUACUCUCCCAAUGUGGUGAAUCUGACCCUGGUGGAUCUGCCUGGUCUCACAAAGAUUGCCGUGGAGGGCCAGUCAGAGAGCAUUGUGCGGGACAUUGAGGACAUGGUUCGGCAGUAUGUGGAGAAGCCCAACUGCAUCAUCCUUGCAGUAUCCCCCGCCAAUCAAGACAUUGCCACCUCGGAUGCCAUGCGCAUGGCCAGAGAGGUCGACCCUGAGGGCGAGAGGACAUGGGGUGUGCUCACGAAGCUCGACCUCAUGGACAAGGGCACCAACGCGCUUGACGUACUAGAGGGGCGCGCGUACAAGCUCAAGUACCCGUGGGUGGGUGUGGUGAACCGCUCUCAGGCCGAUAUCAACCGCAAUGUGGACAUGCUGGCAUCCCGGCGGAAGGAGAGGGAAUACUUCCAAACGUCCGCGGAUUACUCCCACUUGGCCAACCGCAUGGGCACUGAGUACCUUGCGAAGAUGCUCUCCAAGCAUCUGGAGCAAGUCAUUCGCUCCAAGAUCCCGGGCAUUCAGUCGCUCAUCAACAACAACAUUGACGACCUUGAGAAGGAGAUGAACGCACUGGGUCGGCCCAUUGGUGGCGAAGCCGGGGCCCAGCUGUACACGGUGCUGGAGAUGUGCCGAGCGUUUGACAAGAUAUUCAAGGAGCACUUGGACGGCGGUCGACCAGGGGGUGAUCGGAUUAACGCUGUGUUUGAGACGAAGCUGCCAGCAGCACUCAACAAGCUUCCCUUCGACAAGCACCUCUCCAUCCAGAAUGUGAGGCGGAUUGUGGCGGAGGCAGACGGGUACCAGCCGCAUCUGAUCGCCCCAGAAGGCGGUUACCGCCGACUGAUAGAGAGCGCGCUGCUCAUGUUCAAGGGGCCGGCAGAAGCAGUGGUGGACGAGGUGCAUUUCAUUCUCAGAGACCUCGUUCGCAUCUCCGUAGGGGAGACCACCGAGCUGCUCCGGUUCCCUUCACUCCAGGCUGAGCUCUCAGCUGCUGCUACCCAGUCCCUGGAAAGUUUUCGGGAGAACAGCCGCAAGCUGACCGUGCGAUUGGUGGAGAUGGAGACGAGUUAUCUGACCGUGGAGUUUUUUCGGCGGCUGCCCGGGCUGGAGAAUCUUGACGAGGCGAUGGAUGGGAAGGAGGGGAAGGAUGGGAAGAAGGGCAGUGGGAGUGGCAUGAGUAGCAAGAUCAAGGCGCUCAAGGGGAGUGGAGACAGGCUGCCUACAGGGGCAGAUCGAUACCAGGAGAUGCACUUCCGGAGAAUUGGCUCCAAUGUGUCAACCUACGUGGGCAUGGUCAUGGAGUGCUUACAGAACUCCAUUCCCAAGGCCGUGGUGCACUGCCAGGUCCGGGAAGCUAAGCGGCGGCUGCUAGACCAGUUCUAUGCGAUGGUGGGCAGGGAGGAUGGGAAGGCGCUGGGGAAGCUUCUAGACGAGGAUCCGGACGUGAUGGCUCGGAGGCAGGCUGCGUGGAAGCGGCUGGAGCUGCUUCGCAAGGCACGGAAUGAGAUUGACAGUGUCGGAUGGGCCCGAGUUUGA